GGCUAGCCCAUGGGUCUUAACCGAAACAAUUUCAUACGUAGCCCGUGUAUAAGACGGAACCAAACCCUAGAACUUACCGGUGCCUCUGCUUCCUACACGCAGGGUUUCCCGAAGAUUUAACACCUAUGGCUCCUAAAGCUGAUAGUUUAAAGAAGGCUGAUCCAAAGGCACAAGCCUUGAAAACUGCUAAGGCUGUUAAGUCAGGUGCUACUUUAAAGAAAAAGACCAAGAAGAUCCGAACAUCUGUUACCUUCCAUCGACCAAAGACCUUGAAAAAGGAUAGGAACCCUAAAUACCCACGCAUUAGUGCUCCACCCAGGAACAAGCUUGAUCACUAUCAGAUAUUGAAGUAUCCUCUCACAACUGAGUCUGCAAUGAAGAAGAUUGAAGACAACAACACUUUGGUUUUCAUAGUCGACUUGCGGGCUGACAAGAAGAAGAUCAAGGAUGCAGUCAAGAAGAUGUAUGAUAUUCAGACCAAGAAAGUAAACACCUUAAUCAGGCCCGACGGCACCAAGAAGGCUUAUGUCCGGUUGACACCUGAUUAUGACGCCCUGGAUGUGGCCAACAAGAUUGGAAUUAUCUAAACUAAUUCCUGGCCUCACCAAAGUCGAUUUCUGUUUAGAUGGUAGUUUGUUUUGUGAACAUUGAGGGGAGACAUUUGAAGGUUUUUUUUUUUUUUUUUUGAAAGGGAGACAUUUGAAGGUUAAGUUCUAAAUUUUGCGGUUUGUUAUUUGGUGUAUUUUAGUUCAAUUGGAAUUAUAUUUACAUUGUUACAAUUUCAAAUUUGAUGAGUAAAUGGGCCGUUAUUAUUAUCCAAUGUAA